AUUCUUCAUCUUCAACCGUUAUUAAUGCUUCUCCACAACAAAGCCUGAAAACUCUUCCUCUUAUUUGCUUUCUUUGAUAAUGGAGCUUAGCAAAGUCACGCUGGAGAUCUUCUCCAAACUGGAGCAGCAAUGGCUCUCACACUACGAAGCCACCACCAAAACCCGCAUACUCAGCAUUGACGGCGGAGGAACCACUGCCAUUGUCGCCGGCGCCGCUCUCAUCCACCUCGAGGACCAGAUCCGCGUCCAAACAUCCGAUCCUGACGCUCAAAUCGCUGAUUACUUUGACAUCAUUGCCGGCACCGGCAUUGGCGCCCUCCUUGCCGCCAUGAUCACCGCCGACGAUGGCUUCGGCAGGCCUCUCUAUACCGCCAGAGACGCCGUUCAGUUCAUCGCCGAGAGCAACAGGAAACUCUACAAUCCGAAACACACCGGAGUUUUUCGCCGACACCGGAGAUUCUCCUCGAGUAGCAUGGAAAAGGCGUUGAAGCAAGUGUUCCAGAGGAAAGAUAAAGAAGGACGGUUGUUGACCAUAAAGGACACGUGUAAGCCCCUGCUUAUCCCUUGCUUUGACCUCAAGAGUUCGGCGCCAUUCGUGUUCUCCCGAGCCGACGCGUCCGAGUCACCGAGUUUCAACUUCGAGCUUUGGAAGGCGUGCCGCGCCACGUCAGCCACGCCGGGCCUCUUCAGCCCCUUCCAUUUCGCCUCCGUCGACGGCAAGACCUAUUGCUCCGCCGUGGACGGCGGUUUGGUGAUGAACAAUCCGGCGGCCGCCGCGGUCACGCACGUCCUCCACAACAAACGCGAUUUCCCGUCGGUGAACGGCGUGGAGGAUCUCCUGGUGCUUUCCAUCGGAAACGGAGCGCCGGCGAAGAGAGUGCACGACGUCCGCGAAUGCUCGACGUCGUCGGUAGUUGACAUUGCUCUCGACGGCGUUUCCGAGACUGUUGACCAGAUGUUAGGGAACGCCUUCUGUUGGAACCGUACGGACUAUGUCAGGAUUCAGGCAUUCGGUUUGGGUGGCGAAGUAACGAAGGCGGAAGAAAAGAAGGUGCUGAAUGAAAGAGUCUUAGAAUCGUUACCGUUUGGCGGCAAGCGGUUACUGCAGGAAACUAACGGUAAUAGAAUCAAGAGCUUUGUGCAACGCCUUGUUGCAAACGGAAAGACUAGUCUGCCACCUAGUCCCUGCAAGGUUCCGCCGUACGCCUCUCGCUAACGGCCACUUUUUUCUCCCUCAUAUUUUCACGCUGUAACUUGUAUCCAAGGUUAGGUGGGUUAAAAAAAAAAAAAACUCGAAGUUUUAAUUUUACGUGGUG